AUGAUUCAAAGAGUAGUAAUUGUAAUUUUAUUAAUAUAUUUUUAUUAUGUAGAAGUAUGUUUAUCAUUCAAGAAAAAUUUUAUAUGGGGAGUGACGUCAGCAGCUUAUUCUAUUGAAGGAGGAUAUUUGGCGGAUGGAAAAGGAAUGUCAAAUUGGGAUUAUUAUAGUAAUAAAUUUAUGAAUGAAAAUGGUAAUAUAAGUUGUGAUUGUUAUAAUAAUUUAGAAAAUGAUUUAUUAUUAAUAAAAAGUUUAAAUGUUACACAUUAUAAAUUUUCAAUAUCAUGGAGUCGUAUUUUACCUCAAGGUGAUAGUUUAUUUAUAAAUAAAAAAGGUAUUGAGUAUUAUGAUAAAUUAAUAAAUGGUUUAUUAAAUAUUAAUGUUGAACCUAUUGUUACAAUGGUAUAUUAUGAUAUUCCUCUUGUAUUAGAAGAUAUGGGUGGAUGGAUGAAUGAUAAAAUACAAGAUUAUUUUUAUGAAUAUGCUAUUUUAUUAUUUGAUAGAUAUAAUGAUAAAGUAAAAUAUUGGAUUACAAUAGAAGAUCCCUAUAGUAUGAUAAUGAAUGGAUAUGGAGGAACGAUAGAAAAAUGGGCACCAGGUGGAUAUGAACAAUUAGGUAAUACAAGUAUAUAUAAUGGAUUUUAUAAUAUAUUAAAAUGCCAUGGAAAAGUAGGAAAAUUAUAUAAAGAAAAAUAUAAUAAUGGAAUGAUAGGAAUAUCUUUUACUUCAUUUCCAAUAUUUCCAUUAACAGAUAUUGAUAUAAAUCGUUCAGAUAUGAUUUUUCAUCUAUCAUUUGGUUUAUUAGGAAAUCCUAUAUUUGGUAAAAAUGGUAAUUAUCCUAAUGAAGUAUUAGAAUUAUUUCAAAAAAAAACAAAUAAUGAAAAAAGAAGUUUACCCCGUUUAAGACUAUUUAAUAUAGAUGAAAUAAAAGAAUUAAGAAAUUCAAGUGACUUUAUAGGAAUAAAUUAUUAUGGUACAAAUAAUAAAAUAUCAGAUAUAAAUAAUAAUGAUAUUAUAAAAUGGAAUAAUAUAGAAAGAGUAUAUAAUCAACUAGCAUUAGAAAUAGAUAGUAUAAUACUAAAAAAUAAAUCUAUUGAGGAUGAAUUCAAUUAUUGGAAUGGGGGAUUAAAAUAUACCUUAAAAUAUAUUAAAAAAUAUUAUAAAAAUAUACCAAUAUUAAUAACAGGAAAUGGAAUUUAUGAAAAUAAAUUUAUUACCAAAAAUAGGUAUAUGAAAGAACAUUUAGAAAUUAUUAAUGAUGCUAUUGAAAAUAACUAUAAUAUUAUUGGAUAUUGUUUUAGAAGUUUAUUAGAUGGAUUUGAAUGGAAUUGGGGAUAUAAUCAAAAAUUUGGUUUAUAUGAAGUAGAUUUUGAAAGUGAAAAUAAAAUAAGAAAACCAAGAAAUAUAGUUUCUUAUUAUAGAAAUAUAAUAAAAAAUAAUGGACAUAUUUUAUAA